AUGCGGCCGACGAUUGCACUUCGGGCUGCUUUGACGAAGCAUGCGAUCGACGGGUGGAAGGCCGAGACAUUUGCCGCCGACCCCGCACGCACAGCGGCGUGGAAGAAGCACGACGAAAAACUGCACCAGUUCCUCAAGGCCUCUGUGCCAGAAGCCUUGGCCCACACUGGCGACGCAGCGUUUGACGAACACUUGAUUGGCGUGCAGUCGGUUCUACGCACGUUUGGCGCCGACGAGGACGUGUGCACUGCUGGUCUGUUUCACUCCCUGUACGGCACUGAGGGAUUCCAAGGAUUCAAGCUGCCCAUCCUUCGUCGACCCGAGAUCCGGCAGCUAAUCGGCCCCCGCGCCGAGCGUCUGGUGUGGCAGUUCUGCGUCGUGGAUCGAAAGGUGUUUGAUGACGCAGUGUUGCUUCGUUCAGACUCGACCUGCCACUUGCCGCCGCAGUUGAUCGCGCGACCAGAGCUCGGUCGGUUCCCGCUACCGGUGGCGUCUUCGACCGCCGACUGGCUCGACUUUGUCGAGUUGGUGCUGGCAGACUGGAUGGACCAAGUGGCCGGGGCUGCGGAGAAGGCCAACCCGCUCUUUUUGUGGCAACAAGGGGACGCCUGGAGCUACCGACGGCUGGCGUACGCGAAGAUGGCGGCCGUGCUGGCCACCCAUCGAAAUGAGGACGGUCGAGGAGCGCAUAUUCAACGCAUUGUACAGGACGUGUAUGCAUCAGAACCCGUGCCCACGAGAGGACUGGUGCAGCAAGUGACCCCGCCUAUGAGCGACGCGGACAAAGAUGCCCGCGAUGCGCUGCGAUCGGUCGAUCUGUAGCCAUCCAUUAAUAUUAGCUAUAUUUGACGGUAUUCUUACG